AUGGCAAGGGGUAUGACAGCAGUCCAGUCCCGCACGCAACUCAAGGAGACCAUCUCCUUUCCUGUUUUGACCUAUACCGAUGCAUCGCCGCGGAACGACCUUCACUCUCUUCAGGCCUCACGGCAUCCGGCCCAGCCAAUGACUGGACAAUGGGAUUUCACUCAGCCCUCUAUGGGAGAUGGGUGGUUCAGAAAGCCACCCCCGGGUCAAGAUGCAACUUUCGACUUUCGCCUAACCGCGCCACCAGAUGAAGCCAUUCAAUCUACCCGAUCAGGCCGUUCCCUCACUGAGCAACACAUGAUUGGCAUUGCGCUGGGAAGUCCCGGCAUGUUAAAUAAAGACGAGCCUCUACCACCACCCAGAUUUGAUACAUCCGUUUUGUCGGAAAGAGAUUCAGCCCAUAAGCCUAGCAAGUGGAAGAAGAUUGGCGGAUUCUUCAAGGCAAAGAAUGCGCUUACAUCGCUUCCGGAUAGCGCAUCAGAAAGCGAGUUCAAACCACAGAUCGACAAAGAUAAACUCCCAGAGAAACCGCACAAAGCAAGGCUGAGGACGGACUCGACGGAGGAGUGGCCAAAACUUGAUAUCACUCCUAGGAAGAUGCCUGGUCGAAGCGACCAAGCUUCCCAGCGGAGUCGGAAUUUAUCACUCGGCAACAAGGGACCCAAGAAUGAACCAAAUACCUCUGGCCUUUUACUAAGUGUCGACAUUCCAGACGUUCAAAUGGAGCGAUAUAGCGUUAUGUUCAGCAGUGUCGUCAACAAGAACAAAAAACCCUCACUGCUGGCCAGAAGGGCCAAGACGUUGGACAAUCUUCGUGUGCCAGAUGCAAAUGGCUUCCUAAAAUCACCCACACCACCCCCAAUACCCCAACGCCGGGCAACAUCACCAGCGCGAUCAAGCUUCACCUUAUUUCCAACCUCACAGCCUUUGAAGGCGGCCCUUGUACUCGGCACACAGAAUUUCUCCCGUGGACCGAGCCCACUGGUCAGAGCAAACACACUCCCUAUCGAAAGCCCAUCGAAGAUGCCUCUACCACAGUUCCAUCAUGGUUCAAACAUGGGCAGUAUGUCAUCAUUCGAGUCACCGGUCAUUCCGAAGCUAUUCUCAGAGCAUUCGAACACCCCACGGUCGUCUAGUAGUUAUGACAAGCCUCUUCCUGCUAUCAAGCCGGAGCCAGAGACUACUCAAUUACAAAAUAGUGCUCAGCCAGAAAAGAACACUCCAUCCUCGCAAAAUAUCCGGCCACAACAGAGCGUUCAAUCACACAAUAUUAUUGUAACAAAGCAGGUUGCUCAACCGUGGAUUCCACAGCCGAGAAAGGAUUCGCUGUCGCGAGCCAUAGAAAAGCAGCCCCAGGUUCCUUCAACACAAAACAAGACCACACAGCAUCAGUCCAAUAAGACAUCGAACUACCACAGGGCCAAUGAUUCAGUGCGACCGCGUCUCAAAGUUCAGACCGAGAGCCGACCACAACCACCCAUAAAGGACAUAUUAUCUAGCAGUUCAUCUCGAAGCUCUCCUUCGGCUUUAAACCCGACCCAGAGCAAGAUUGACCGGAUCAUGUCGCCAUUAUCAGCUUCAACUGGUCCUAAAUCCGGCAUAUCGCCAGCAGACUCCACGCGCAUGCCAUUCGCCGAUCCCGUUGAGACGUUUGAUACCACCGAAGUGGAGCCUGUAGCCGAGCCUCAGCUUCCUAUCCCAAAGGUUGAGGUCUCAAUAGCACGCUCUGUUUCUGUGUCGCGGGCAAAGCGACAGGUCCUGGUUCCCAUCGGCAUGAGAAUCGACCAUUUAGAUCCCGAGGAGCGGGUUGUGCAUAGAAGACCUUUGACACCCCAGAUUACAGAUGCUCACCGGGGCCAUCGGCCUGGUAUCUCGCAGGAGUUGCAGAUAGAGUGUCUGUGA